AUGCAGCCCCGACAGUUAAAUGAUCAGACCCUAGGCGCACAGCAGUGGCUGGAUUCCCAAAAUGCCGGGUCUGUUCUCUGCGUUUCCGUCGGAGAUUUCGAAUCGGAACAAAUGGCUGAAUUAGGGUUUGGAUUGGAGGGCUUAGAGAGGCCAUUUCUUUGGAUUAAUAAUAGCAAGGUCGAAAUUCUUGAGGAAUUCAGGGAACGAGUCCGAGACAGAGGAUUUGUAAUUAGCGGCGAUUCUGCGCCUCCAGGGACUGUAUUUCUCCCUCACCCCUCAAUUGGGGGUUUUAUGACUCGCGGCGGAUGGAAUUCCAUUUUGGCAAGCAUCGCAACGGGUGUUCCCAUAAUUACUUGGCCCGUUGAAGGAGAUCAUUUCUCCAAUUCUGUGCUUGUGGCGGAGGUUCUUAAGGUUGGGGUGGAGAUUUGCAGAGGGUAUCAGGGAUUUCCUCACAGAGAUAAAUUAAAGAGAGCAGUGGAGCAAAUUAUGGGAGGAGGAGGAGGACAGGCCGAAAGGGUUCGGGAGUUGGGAGAUUCGGCGAGAAAGUCUGUGAGUGAAGGAGGAUUUUCUACUCAGAGCAUCGAAGCUUUUGUAGAUGAGAUCCAUAAGCUUUCAUCUGCUCCUGAGCUCUCUGCAUGA